CAGCCCGCUGCCUUCUCCUCCCUUUCUCAGUCUGCUUAUCCCACUAACAAGAGGGGAUUAUUUUUUUAUUUUUUUAUACCUGCAUUUGAAUGUGUCCACUUCUGUUUCCCACCUUUGUGUGUAGUAUCUGGGUGGGGAAGUUGGAGGAGCAGUGUUGGACGUAGUGGGAGCUCGAUCACUGAGCUGAAGAGGGAGAAGACAGGGACACUUGGAAGAGGACAAGGAAGAAGCAAUCAUGGGUGUACAAAAGGAAGACGUGGAAAAGUUCCUGAACGGGAAUCCUGAUUUUGCUAAGAAGUACUUUGCCAAGAAGAUGAACACCUCCACCAUAUCGAAGGUUUCAGGACUCCCAGAGAAACAGAUCGACUUCAGCCAGUUUCAAGAGCUCACUCAGAUCGAGGAAAGCAAAAUCAUGUAUGACCUGAUCAAAGACAUGCAAGAGAACAUCAACAUGGAAAAGGUGGUUUUCAAGAUCCUGAGAAGGGUCAGCGCACUCUUGCACGCCGACCGCUGCAGCUUGUUCAUGUACCGCCAGCGCAAUGGCGUGGGAGAGCUCGCCACACGACUCUUCAACGUGAGCAAAGACUCCGAGUUUGACGAUUGCAUUGUGCCACCAGACUCUGAGAUCGUGUAUCCGCUGGACAUGGGAAUAGUUGGCAAUGUGGCUCUGACCAAGAAGUCAGUUAAUGUGAAAAACGUCAAGGAGAACCAGCACUUCAGCUCAUUUGUUGACGAGCUCACAGACUACGAGACCAGGAAUAUUCUGGCUACACCCAUCCUCAACGGCAAAGACAUGGUGGCAGUGGUCAUGGCUGUGAACAAGACCACAGGACCACAUUUCACUGCUGAAGAUGAAGAUCUUUUUUUGAAGUAUAUGAGAGUUGCCACUUUGAACUUGAAGAUCUACCACCUGAGUUACCUCCACAGCUGUGAGACGCGUAAAGGACAGCUGCUGCUAUGGUCAGCCAACAAGGUAUUCGAAGAGCUGACAGACAUCGAGCGACAGUUUCACAAAGCCUUGUACACAGUCCGAGCCUACCUCAACUGUGACCGCUACUCUGUUGGUUUACUAGACAUGACGAAGGAAAAGGAGUUCUUUGACAUCUGGCCAGUUUUGAUGGGAGAGCAGGCACCUUACUCUGGCCCUGUAACCCCUGAUGGCAGGGAGGUAAACUUCUACAAAGUGAUUGAUUAUAUUUUACACGGAAAGGAAGACAUCAAAGUAAUACCCAAUCCUCCCGCAGAUCACUGGGCUUUGAGUAGUGGCCUUCCCACUUAUGUUGCUGAGAGCGGCUUUAUUUGUAACAUUAUGAAUGCAGGCGCUGAUGAGACGUUCGAUUUUCAGAAAGAGCCAUUGGACAGCAGUGGCUGGACAAUAAAAAAUGUUCUCUCGCUGCCAAUCGUCAACAAAAAGGAAGAGAUAGUUGGCGUAGCCACGUUUUACAACAGAAAAGAUGGAAAGCCUUUUGAUGAUCAGGAUGAGCAGCUCAUGGAGGCUUUGACUCAGUUCCUGGGAUGGUCAGCGUUGAACACAGACACCUACGACAAGAUGAAUAAGCUUGAGAACCGCAAAGACAUCGCUCAGGACAUGGUGCUCUACCACGUCAAAUGUCGAGAUGAUGAGAUUCAGAACAUCCUGUACACCAGAGAGCUCUAUGACUGUGAACCCAGAGACUGUGAAGAGGACGAGCUCCUAGCUAUCCUGAAAAAAGACCUUCCUCCACUAAUUAAGAAGUUUGAGAUCUAUGAGUUCCGCUUUUCAGAUUUUAAUUGCACAGAGAUGGAGUUGGUGAAGUGCGGGAUCCAGAUGUACUAUGAAGUCGGUGUGGUCAAGAAGUUCCAGAUUCCACAAGAGGUGCUGGUUCGAUUCAUGUAUUCAGUCAGCAAAGGGUACAGAAGGAUCACCUACCACAACUGGCGUCACGGCUUUAAUGUUGGACAGACGAUGUUUACGCUACUGACGACAGGAAUGCUGAAGCGAUACUACACUGACUUGGAGGUAAUGGCGAUGAUAACCGCAGGAUUCCUUCACGAUAUUGAUCACAGAGGGACAAAUAACUUGUACCAGGUCAAAUCUGGUAAUCCUCUGGCCAAGUUACACGGCUCUUCCAUUUUGGAACGGCACCAUCUAGAGUUUGGAAAGUUCCUCUUGGCUGACGAGACACUGAAUAUCUAUCAGAACCUUAACAGGCGACAGGUUGACCACGUGAUCCAUCUCAUGGACAUCGCCAUCAUCGCCACUGACCUGGCUCUUUAUUUCAAGAAGAGAACCAUGUUCCAAAAGAUUGUGGACCUCUCACAUACGUAUGAGGAUGAAAAGAAAUGGGUCGACUUCAUGUCACUAGAAACAACCAGAAAAGAGAUUGUCAUGGCCAUGAUGAUGACCGCAUGUGACCUGUCCGCAAUCACAAAGCCUUGGGAAGUUCAGAGCAAGGUUGCCUUGUCUGUGGCAGCAGAGUUUUGGGAACAGGGUGACUUGGAGAGGACUGUACUGGAGCAGCAACCCAUUCCCAUGAUGGACAGGAACAAGUCAGCUGAGCUUCCAAAGCUUCAGUGUGGUUUCAUUGACUUUGUCUGCACGUUUGUCUACAAGGAGUUUUCUCGCUUCCAUCCACAAAUCCAGCCCAUGCUGGAUGGCAUCUUAAACAACAGGAAGGAGUGGAAUGCCAAAAAGGAAGAGUACGAGGCUAAGCUCAAAGCCAUCGAAGAAGAAAAAGCUGCUAAAGAGGCAGCGGCAGCCAGCAAAGCGGCUGCAAACAACCCCAGUGGUGGGUCUGGCUCCAAGACCUGCUCUGUGUGCUAAUCAGCCAAAGAACUGCUGACAUUCCUGGGGUCUACGAAGACACUCAUGACGGACUGAGUCUCACCCCAGCAGAAACAAACAAAAGAAAAAGUCAGGGAGACGGAUAUAUGAAUGCACAGCCCUGUAGUAACUCUUCAGAAAAGGGGGUCCAGUCGGAAAAGGAAAAACCUGAACACGGCGAGAUCUCCACCAAGAAGAGCAAAGCUUUAUUUUUAAGAGGCCAGGUGAGCCAAAAAUUAAUUCGGAUCAAGGAAAGACUGACCACAUUUUGAAAAAAGGAAAAAAAUCCUGCGAUUACAUUUGAGGCAAAAUUGCUGCUUCCUGUCUUAAAAUAAUUGUACUUUUAUGAAUCAAGACUGAAGAUGAUUUUUGCAUCUCGUGUUCCUCUGAUCUUAAAAAAGUUUGCUUAUCUUUAAAGGAUUUGUGUUAGUGACAAUGUGUGAAUGUGUGUGUGCUUGUUGUGUGUUUCUCAUAUG